GGAGGCCCAGGAGAACCCACGAUCGAGAGGAGACCUCCGAGUUGCCUAGACGGACCCGGAAGUGCGCGCGGCGGAGCCCGUUUCCAGACCUGCCCGGGGGGGCCCGAGGUGGCCGCCGCUACGGAGCGGCUGCACGAUGACUGCCGGUCCGUUGUGUCCUGCUCUGAAGAAAUUUUAGAUCAAGUGUUGGCCUUGGAGCAGUACCAGAGAUUGGACCCAGCCCAUGGAGAAGCUGCCUGAGCAGAUGUCCCCGGAGUCCAGUGCCCAUCCGCCGAGCAGGAGCCUUGAAAGAGCAAGGGAUACCUAAGGCUUCACCUGUUGGGGAGAGAACAGAGAGAGUGGCUCAACAAAAAGAAGAGGUUUGGUGUAGUGAAAAGGAACAGAACGAGGCUGGAAAGACAGAGGCCGGGUCAGGAAGAUACAGAAGAAACCCUCAUUUUCAUAUCUGCCCAAACGAGAAAACUGACACCCAGGAAGAACUAACUUACCCAAGGUCACCCUGCUGGUGAUGGCAGAGUCGGAAUUCGAAUUCAGAUCUGCCUGGCUCGAGAUCACUUCCACCCUCACCCCGUUUGGUGCACGGGUGAACGAGGUCCGAGGUCCAUACCGCAAACAGCCCCGGAGGUCAGGCACUGGGGGCCAGGUGAGCGAGCCGAGCCACAGGCCAGCCUGCAGGGCGGUUACCAAGAGCCUGCGAGUUCCUGUGUUUUCAACCCUGAAUCAGCCCCAUUGGCCUAAGCUGGUCGUGGGGCAUCCGGUGAUGCUGACUUUGGAGGACAAGGACAUGAAGGGAUUCACGUGGGCCAUAGCCCCAGCCUUGACCUCCCUGGGCUACCUGCUCAUACUACUGGUCUCCAUCUUUCCCUUCUGGGUGCGACUUGUAAACAAGGAGUCCCACGAAGUGUUUUUCAGUGGCCUGUUUGAAAACUGCUUCCAUAUCAAAUGCUGGAAGCCUCGACCCUUAACAGUGUACAUCAUUCUCGGCCGCGUUUUCCUGCUGUCUGCGGUUGUCCUGUCUUUCCUCACCACCUUCAUCCUGGUGUCCUUUGCAUCUCAGCUGUUGCCGAGGACCCGGAAGCACAAUUUGGUGUCAGCCUUCAUCAGCUUCCUCACAGGGGCCAGUGCCUUCCUGGCCUUGUUGCUGCAUGCCCUGGAGAUCCAGAAUCUGAGGAUGAAGCCCAGCCCUCCCGAGUUCUCAGUGCAGUGGCCUUACUACGUUCUGGGCUUUGCCAUCCUUCUGUUCAUAGUGGCUGGUGCCAUCUGCCUCUUUCAAGAAGCAUCCCGCCUUCGCCACCAUUUGUUGCCCAAUUGCCAGAGUAUCCGGGACACCCAAGGGGUCAUACACCUGGAGAAUAUGGAGAGUCUGGGAGGAGACCUGAGCUCAAUACAAAAGGAGACACUGCUGAAGGAUGAGACGAUCAUCUAGCCCGGGCGAGUCCACCAUCGGCAGCUGUGUGAGCGAGCGUGCGUGUGGAGGCAUGAGCGGCAGCCAGUUUCUGCUGCUUUGGGUGAGCUUCCUGAGUGUCACAUCAACGCUCCACUUCCCCACGCUCACAGUGAUUCUGUCUUGCUUGUAUUUGCAAUUCGUUAAAAAGUCUUUUUGAAUU